GAAAACGUUGCCGUUUUGAGAAUUUUUGACAUUGAUUCGUCGUCCUUCUCUUGGUUGCUGCAAUUAGUGACUACGAUUCACGAAAACCCUAGACAGAGCUAGAGUUUGUUAAUUGGGAUCAUCGACGACGAUGCAACUAACUCUUGAAUUCGGGGGUGGUUUAGAGCUGCUCUGUGAUUCUGAGAAGAUCCAUAAAGUAAACGUCGAUUUGCCCCAUGGAGAAGAAGAGUUAACAAUGAAGCAUUUGCUAUCGUGGGUUCGCACAAAUGUGAUCAAAGAGAGGCCUGAGAUGUUCAUCAAGGGAGAUACUGUGAGACCUGGUGUUCUUGUGCUUGUGAAUGACUGUGAUUGGGAGCUUAGCGGUCAGCUCGAGACCACAAUUGAAGACAAAGAUGUUAUCGUUUUCAUCUCCACAUUGCACGGUGGAUAAAAAAAAAAAUCAUAGCUGUGUGGAUCAUCAUCAUCACACAAGAACCUUUUUUAACUAUCUAUGUUCUUCACUUCUGUUAUGUAAUCUCUGCAACUAAUGAAUGGGAAACAAACUGAUAAAUGUGAUUUCCACAUAAAUCUCAAUACACUAUUUGUGGCAA